AUGAGAGCCGUUGUGGCAAACCGAUAUCUUGCGAAGCAAAUACUCAACUUCGCUUGCUCCUCCUCAUUCGGUCAAUGUGCAACAAUCGUCGAUAUCCCAACUCCCCAAAUUACCGAUAGUGAGAUACUGGUCCGAGUGCGUGCCGUUGCACUCAAUCCGGUCGACAAUAAAAACAUCGAUUUCCUCUCUCCAUACAAGAGUAUUAUCGGCUGCGACUAUGCUGGUGAGGUGGUCAAAGUCGGAAGUGACAUGGUGGGCCGAUGGAAUGUUGGGGAUAGGGUUGCAGGUUUUGUCCACGGUGGCCAAUACCCUGACGUCGGCUCGUUUGCUGAAUACCUGAAGGUCGAUGGAGAACUUGCUUGGCCUAUCCCUGACACGACUACCAUGUCUGAUGCUGCAACAUAUGGCAUUCCAGCUGUCACUGCAGUUCUUGCUCUUGCACACCUUGAUGUCGCAUGGGAAGACAUUCUAUCAGGAGCUGCGAGGCAGUCUUCUGCUGAUUCAUCAAUCCUCAUUUACUCUGGUGGUUCGAACGUUGGACUUUUCGCAAUUCAACUCGCCAAAAGGGCAGGUCUUCAUGUGGUUGUGACUGCAUCCCCACGAUCAUUCGAUCUUGUCAAAAGCUAUGGUGCAGACUCGGUAUUUGACUAUCGGUCCCCCACAGCGGCGAGUGAAAUUUCCAAAGCGUAUCCUGACAUCACCAAAGCAUUGGAUUGCUUUUCCGAAGGCAACUCCUCUCAAUUCUGUGCCGAGGUCCUGAAAAGGGGACGAGUUAUUACGGAAGCCGAAAAAGCGGAGAUCGAGUUCAAAAGUCUCAUGGUUUUCACCGUUUUUGGGAAACCGUUCUCCUUGCUCUCGCCCCUAGGUCCAGCGUUCCCAGUUGUGCUCGAUGAUCGGGAUUUGCUUCGCCAAUUCUAUGCCAGUUUAAGUCAACUAUGUGAUCAUGCUUUAAAGCCACCCCCUGUUACAGCGUGGGGAAGAGGACUUGAUGCGGUACUUGACGGUCUUGAGAGGCUUCGCAAAGGAGAAGCGCAUGGCACUAAGCUUGUUGUAGAGCUUCCGUGA